AUGAUUCCAAGAGCACCAGAAUCACGACGAGAAAGCGAGCGGACUGGGUCGCCACGCUUUGAAGAGAACCGAUCGCUAAUGUUCCACAUACAUACCAUCUGGCUCAUCACCUGCAAUGACUUGAAAUCGAUCGUCCUCCCAGAAACAGCCUUCGGUAUAUUCAGCGCCCUAUCUAUCUCGCUCACCACGAACGAUAAGCCAAAGGUUCUGGAAGUGCUAUCACGAUUACCGCAAGUCAUACUCUGGAACUGGCUCAACGUACUCCUCUUCGACAUUGCAAACCAGCGACUACCCAACUCCAUCAUCGAAGAUCAGGUAAACAAAGCAUGGCGUCCAAUUCCUUCCGGUCGGCUUACCCCCAAAGAAGCACGGCAUCUCUUGCUAGUUGUAAUCCCCGUGGUCUUCGUGGCGACUUUCUUUCUCGGAGGCUUCUUUGAGACUGUCGGCAUGAUGGUCUUGACGUGGAUGUACAACGACUUAGGAGGUGCUGACGAGUUCUACCUUGUUCGCAACAGUAUCAAUGCACUGGGAUUCAUGUGCUAUAGCUCGGGGUCCACAGACGUCGCUGCUGGUGCUCAUUCUCUUACCCCGAAAGCUUACAGGUGGAUAGCUAUGGUUGGAGCAAUCAUCUUGUCCACGCUGUCCAUGCAAGACCUCCCAGAUGUGGCUGGAGAUGCUGUUAGAGGACGUCGGACAAGCCCGUUGGUUAUGGGCGAUACAUGGAGCAGGUGGGAAAUCGCGGUUCCAAUAUUCUUGUGGUCCAUCAUUUGUCCUGUCUUUUGGAAUGUUGCUUGGCUGGGUUUUCUUAUCCCCAUCUGCGUUGGUGCGUGGCUAGCUUUCAGAAUACUGCGGUUCAGGACUGUGGCUGAGGAUAAGAGGUCGUGGCAGAUCUGGUGUUUUUGGACAUGCUUGUUGUAUGCGCUACCAUUGUUCACAAGACCUUCAGCGCCUUGA